AUGAUCGGUUUCGACACCCUGAUCUCACUGGUCGAUACUGUGGGAAGAUAUCUGAGUCUGGGCGAUGUUUUCGAACCGGAACGUUGUGCGUCAGAACCGCGUUAUCUUAUUUUGUACAUAAUAACUGACACGGCCUCAUCCGUGCUAGAAUUGACCGAAUCGAUUCUAAUUGUGUGUAAGUAUCCAAAUACUGCGAGAAUUCUUUUCGGAUGCCUUAUGCCAAUGAAAGGCACGUCGGACGGUCCAGGCCCAAUAGUCAACGUCCUUGGAUCAGAUUUGAUGUCGCAACAGCAGAAUUCCAAGCACUUUGAUCAUCUGAUCAAAAGUUGGGGCCAUCACCAAAAGCUAGCGAGGCUUCAUCGCAUGGGUACUUUGAUGAAAACACGAUAA